CUCAUUUGAAACCGGUGACACCACCAUGCAUUGUCUCCGGUAAAACCUGCUCCCCGCUCUCCCCUCAUCCAACCCAGCCAUUGAGAGUGAGGACACCGCAAGCUGCACAGACAUGGGUUCAGACCAACCCUGCAUGGAUUCACUAGAGAGAAGGCCCACGUUGAGUGCUGCCUGCAAGCGGCAGGCCUACCGGUGUCUGCGGAAAAAGCUGAGGCCCUUGCGAAUCGUAGGGUUUGCCCUCAGCCUGGUGGCCUUAAGUGCUGUCUCCUUAAGUGCCUUGACCUGGAGCUCAGGGGGUUUCAGUGAGCCAGUGCUCCCCCAGGAGAGUCUCCACCAGUCGGCCCCCCACAGGACUCUGCUUUUCACCCAACAUCAGAGGGACCCCAAUGUGUCCGCCGACAUGCCAACAGCCAUGAAAUCCGCAGCGAAUGGCAGCGAGGGCCACGGGUCGUACCCGCCAGACCUUUUCUCCCUUGAGGAGAGACGCAAAGGAGCCGUGGCCCUCCACAUGUUUGGCAUGAUCUACAUGUUCAUUGCCUUAGCCAUAGUGUGUGACGAGUUCUUCGUCCCGGCGCUGACGGUCAUCACAGAGAAGCUGACCAUUUCGGAUGACGUAGCGGGCGCCACCUUCAUGGCGGCAGGCGGCUCAGCCCCGGAGCUCUUCACCUCCAUCAUCGGCGUCUUCAUCUCACAAAGCAACGUGGGCAUCGGCACCAUCGUGGGCUCGGCCGUCUUCAACAUCCUCUUCGUGAUUGGGAUGUGCGCCAUCUUCUCCAAGGAAAUCCUCAACCUAACAUGGUGGCCACUCUUCCGCGACGUCUCCUUCUACAUCCUGGAUCUGAUCAUGCUCAUCAUCUUCUUCCUGGAUAACAUCAUCACCAUGUGGGAAAGUAUCACGCUGCUCUCAGCCUACGCCGCCUACGUGAUCUUCAUGAAGUGCAACAGCACCGUUGAGAGAUUCGUCAAAAGUUGCAUGAACAAGAACCAAGUGGUAGAAGUAGAAGUACAGCCCAAGGAAAUUCCUGUGACCCCAGAAGAUGACGGCAAGUUGUCGGCCAGGCCUCGGCUUCAGAGGGGAGGUAGUUCCGCCUCCCUGCACAACAGCUUGAUGAGGAACAGCAUUUUCCAGCUGAUGAUUCACACGUUGGAUCCUUUAAGUGAAGGUAAAUUUCGAGAGAAGGCAUCCAUCCUUCAUAAGAUCGCUAAAAAGAAAUGCCAAGUGGAGGACAGUGAGAAGGCCAACGGAGUAGCAAAUAAGAACCUUCCAAACAGCUCCAGCGUGGAAGUGGAAGUGACACCUCCCAUGAACGGAACAGCAGGUCAAGAGGGGGAGACGGCUGAGGACGAGGAGGAGGAGGACCAGCCCCUGAGCCUGUCCUGGCCCGACACCAACCGCAAGCGCCUCACCUACCUCUUGAUCAUACCCAUCGUCCUCCCCCUGUGGCUAACGCUGCCUGAUGUCAGGAAGGCGACAUCAAAGAAAUUCUUCCCCGUCACCUUCCUGGGUGCCAUCACCUGGAUCGCAGCCUUCUCCUACCUAAUGGUGUGGUGGGCUCACCAGGUUGGACAGACCAUUGGGAUUACAGAGGAGAUUAUGGGCCUGACUAUAUUAGCAGCUGGAACCUCCAUCCCUGACCUCAUCACCAGUGUGAUUGUGGCACGCAAGGGGCUGGGUGAUAUGGCUGUAUCCAGCUCCGUGGGCUCCAACAUCUUCGACAUUACCGUUGGACUGCCGUUCCCCUGGCUCAUGUGGUCCUUCACCAACGGCCUGCAAUCGGUGGAAGUCAGCUCCAACGGCCUCUUCUGUGCCAUCGUGCUCCUCUUCAUCAUGCUUCUCUUCGUCAUCAUCUCCAUCGCCGCCUGCAAGUGGCGCAUGAGCAAGCUGCUCGGCUUCAUUAUGUUCAUGCUGUAUUUCGUCUUCCUGGUGGUCAGCGUCAUGCUGGAGGACAAGGUCAUCACCUGUCCCGUGUCCGUCUGAGGUCGUUCGAGGACCCACUUCCUCCCCCUCGUCACCACCACCACCACCACCACCACCACCUCACCACCAUCCUUCUUGUCUGCCAUCGCUCUUACCUGCCCCUUGUGAUCCUUUACCCCAGGAACAAAAGAAGAAUAGGGAGGACUUGACAAGAGAAUAAUCAUAAAAAUAUGAAAAGA